CUCCCAGAAGUUUAAUUAUCAAAAAUUGUCCUAAACUUCAAAUCAUGUUAGAAGAUCAGCUCUCAUCUAUGCCUGAUGAAGUGAAAAUUGUUGAUUGCCCUGGAUUGAGUAAUUGGUGCCAAAUACAAAGAAUCAACUGCAUUCAGAUCGCUUCAGGCAACAAGCUGACUAUAUCGAACACAUGGGAGAAGAUAAUGCGUGGGUUUGAUGAUUUGACAUCCGUUGAGCAUCUUUGUUUCAGUAAUUCUUGGGAACCCUUUCAGCAAAGAGACUCCAUACCGAUAAUUGAAGAGCUGACCAUAUGGGGUUGCACGGACAUCUCACCACCAUUACUAUGGUACCCGCCCAUGCUCGCAUCUAUUCGAAGCUUGGUCAUAAAGGACUGUCUCGGAGUCCGACUCUUACGAGAUGAACUGCUCCCAUCCAUGCUCAAGUCCUUGGUAGUUGACAGUUGUGAAAACCUAAGGUGUUUGCAGUUGGUACAGCAGAAUCGAGAUGUAUUUGAGGAGCUGCAGAUUGUGAAUUGCCCUAAGAUCGCAAUGGUGCAAGGGCUGAAUCACCCUUUCUUCCCAAAAUUCUUAACAAUAGAACAAUGUCCUCAACUUCUGCUUUCCCAAGAUGAUUGGCGGCCAUUUAUUCAUCCACGUGUCCAAAUUGCAGGAGUGUUGGAGACAAAAUUCUAUCCUCCACAUUCAGAGGAAAUAGAGAACAAAGAAACAAUUGAUGAUGGAACCCAGGAGAAACAAGUGUCGGAUUGGGUGAAGACUGAGCAUGCUAACAGUAUUGUAUCUUCAAUAUUUGAUGCAGCAGAUGAUUGCAACAUGGGUCAAUUUCUACAGCUCGAGCUUCCUUCUGGUUUUUACUCGCAGCACCCGGUGCAUAACAAUGCAGAACCAUUGCAUGCAGACAAUAGUGUUGCAUCUCCAAUAUCUGAUGACGCAAUUGAUUGCAACAUGGGUCAAUUCCUACAGCUUGGGUUCCCUUCUGGUUGUAGCUCGCAGUCCCCGAUACAUAACAAUGCAGAACCAUCGAAUUGAACAUGUGCUGGCAUGGCGCACACACUGCACCGGUAGGUGUCUCGCUAGGGUGUGGGCGUUGAUAUCUAAAUCCCUAUCAACAUUAACCAAAUUGUUGUCAUCUUCGUAAAAUGUAUAAUGUGUUAAAUACAAAAUUAGUUUCUUCUCCAACUUGAUUGUUUGUUUAUUGGCAUUAUCUUGGCAUUAAUUAUUUUUUAAUUUUUUGGGAAAAUGAUCUUGGCAUCAAUUCCUAAAUGAUCUUACCUAGUAGCACCUGUAAUGUAGUGGGUUCAGGCCACAAGCAUCUUUAGGUUUGGUUUCUCCACUAUUGUGGUUGUCUUUGUUGAAAAGUAAGGUUUAUAA